AUGGCACCCGCGCGCGAUGACAAGUUCCUACUAGAAGUUUGGAGUCUGUACUCAGUUGGUGCACUAUGGCUUCUUCUCAGGUUCGCAGUACGCCUUCGUACUGUUGGAGUAAUGGGGCUGCAACUUGACGAUGGCUUCGCGUUCGUUACACUGAUUGCCUGGACCUACACGUGCGCCGUAACAGAGAUAAUGUAUCACACCGGAACGAAUACCGACUACUCUGCAGCCGAGACAGCUCUGUUCAAUGAGGACAAGUUUGCAGAAGUAGAGUUUUCAAGCAAGCUCUUUCUAGGCUCUUGGUACGCGUACAUUGUUUUGAUCUUCAGUCUUAAAGGUGUCGUUGUAAUGCUCUACCGACGAAUCUUCCUGGAGCUCUGGCAAAUCUACAUGCUACGUUUCACGAUAUUUCUAUGCUUGUCAGGAUUCACGGCCACCACACUAGCUUUCAGCCUCUCAUGCCUGCCAUACUACCAAAGGUGGCAGUUGGUUCCACGUCCACCUCUCGUAUGCACCGCGUCACCGAAAAUACUCAUUCUUGCAAGCUGUCUUAACGCUACGACAGAUGUCUUUUUGCUCAGUAUACCAGUUCCGCUUCUUUGGCAGUUGAACAAGCCUUUGUACAUUCGGUUUGGUAUUUUUGCCCUUUUAGCUUCUGGUCUCUUCGUUCUGGCUGCAUGUAUCACCCGUGUAUCACUCACUGUUGUACCCAACAUGUUCGUUCUCAAUAUUGCGCGCUGGGGUAUACGAGAGUUCUGCAUCGCCAUUGUUGCUGUUAACAGUGCUUGUCUCCAACCUCUAUUCCACAGAUCGUUCUGGGCCAAUCAAAAACCUCAUCCAGCAAACCGGAGUAAUCGAAAUUACGUCUUCGCAUCUGCACAGCGGGCCCGUCAACGCUUCACAAAAGCACGGAACCAUAGCCAUGUUCUAGACUCUACAUCUGCAGGCGCAUCCAUCAGCAACGCGUCUAUGCAACAUGCAACUAUGAAACAAGAAUAUGUUGGUAAGAACAAUAUUUUGAACAACUUAAGAUAUGAAGUCGCUUCGAAUCAACCACGAAAUGAUCAGCACGGUAGUGGAAUGGAAACUAUAUCAGUCAUUCAGAACUUAGGAGAGCUUGACAUAGAAAAAGGCGAAGCUUUCCUGACAGGAUAG